GCCAAAACAGACGUCUGAUCGUUUUUUGUACACAUUCUCUCUUUCUGCUUCUGCUCACAAAGUCACUCCUUCUGCAACCAUGACCUUCGCCGACCAGUACACCCCCAAGCCCAUCACCGACCUCUUUACCCAUGACACCGACAUUGAUCGCCGUCAAUGCCGCCGCACCGUGCCUAUGAGAGUCAUGUGCCUGGGUCUGGGUAGGACUGGCACUGCCUCCCUUCGCGAUGCUCUCCGUGAGCUCGGCUUCAACGACACCUACCACAUGAUGUCCGCCAGUGUGGAGAACCCUCCGGACUGCCUGAUGUGGCGCGACGCUCUUGCUGCCAAGUACGACGGCGUUGGCACUUUUGGCCGCGAGCAAUGGGACCAGCUGCUGGGCCACUGCCAGUCUCUUUGCGAUUGGCCCGCCAUUGCCUUUGCCAAGGAAUUGAUCGAGGCCUACCCUGAUGCUAAGAUCCUGCUGACUACCCGUGACGUCGACUCGUGGCAUGCCUCUUGCUUGAAGACUGUCGACUGGCGCGCCAACGACCCGGAGUUGAAGAUGGUCGCCAAGUGGGACUGGGGCGCGGGCCUGUACCAGCCCAUGCUUGAGAAGUUCUGGACGUCUUUCUUCAAGGGCGACUUCAAGAAGUACGGCAAGCAGAUCUACCAGGAGCACUAUGCCGAGAUCCGCAAGCUGGUGCCUCCGGAGAACCUGCUGGAGUACCGCAUGGGACAGGGCUGGGAGCCGCUUUGCGAGUUCCUCGAGGUGCCCGUGCCCGACACCAAGUUCCCGCACACCAACGAUACGGACGGCUUCGUCGACCGGUGCCGUGCGAGGAACCGGGCACAGAUGUGCAAUGCCGCCGUGCGCACGCUGGUCGUGGGCGGCAGUGUUGCGGCGGCCGUCCUGGCGUCGGCAAUGACGGUGCACCGCUUCUGGGGCCACAAGCUCCUGGGCUAAUGGGGGAAGGGGUUGAACGGUAGCAAUGGGUACAUAAUUAAAACGGCGAAG